ACGACAAGGUUUAGCAUCAAAACUUUUUUCAAUUGUAUUAGGAGUUGUAGUUAUUUUAUUAACAUAUAUUGUUAGUUUUCUUGGAUCAAUACUUAAUGCAGCAUUAUCAUUAUUUGGUGUUUUAUCUGGUCCAAUAAUGGGCGUUUUUUUUCUUGGUUUCUUUUUUCCACAGGCAAAUAGUCGUGGUGGUUUUAUUGGUUUUUUAGCAAGUCUUUUUUUACAAUUAUGGAUUUUUUUGGGAGCACAAAUAACAAAAAAACAAAUGAAAAGUGAACGUUUACCAUUAUCAAUUGCUAAUUGUUCAAUUCCAGUAAACAUUACAAUACCAUUAACAACGCCAAUAAAACCUAAUCCAUUGCUUAAUUUCUAUUCUAUUAGUUAUAUGUGGUAUACACCAAUAGCUGUUGCUACUGUUAUCAUUGUUGGACUUAUUGUAACUUAUUUAACUCGUCCACUAAAACCAGAUGAAGUCGAUCCAAAAUUAAUCAUACCUAUUAGUGAUGUAUGUUGCUGUUGUCUACCUAAACGUAUACGUGAUUGGCUUCGAUGUGGUGUUAAACAGGAUGUCUAUCUUGAAAAAAAGGUUGGUAAUGAUAUUGAAUUACCAACACCAGAAGGAUACAAUACAUUACAUACAAGUUAUAGUGCACAAACACUUACUACAAAUGCAGGAGAUAUAAUUCCAUCGGAUGUUAUAAUAGAAAACAAAGUGGAGAGUCUUUCUGACACUCCAGUAACGACGAUUAAAGACUAA